UUCUUCCUAGCAAAGUCGUUAACAUAGCACCGAAGCAAAUUCGUAGGUCAAAUGGGAACGGAAACGGCGUCGUUUAAGUGGGAAGGCAAGAAAGUCGCUCAAGUCAACGGUGUCACGGCUGAGAAAGUCUGGUCGGUUUUUUCUGACUUUUGCAACGUCCAAGAGUGGUUCCCAGCAGUCGACACGUGUUACCGAGUCCAAGGAACCGAUGGUGAACCGGGUCUAAUCCGAUACUGCGCCACGACCAAAACCAAGGAAGAGGAAAGCAGGUGGGCUAAAGAGAGGCUGGUCAAGAUGGAUCCCAUUGGACGGUGUUUGAGCUAUGAGAUUCUCGAGAAUAACGUUGGGUUCAGAUCUUACGUGGCGACAGUCGAAGUAAUGACAGUGGACGGUGACGAUCAAGUGUCUCGAAUCGAGUGGUCGUUUGUGGCUGAUCCUGUUGAUGGUUGGAAGAAGGAAGACCUUGAAUCCUACGUUGACUUUUGCCUUCAACAUAUGGCCAAGAAAAUGGAACUCAAUCUGUAAUAUCUUUUUCUUUCUUAAUACGUUUGUGUUUUUUACCUUGCAAGUCUAGAUGGUGGUGGGUUUCAUGUUAGGAAAAUUAAAUAAAAAUGGCUUCGUACGUUACAUAUAUUAUUCUGUUGGUGGUAUAUAGUCUGCCACUACAUUUUA